UGCGAAUAUAAUUUUUUAUAAAAUUUGAUGGUUUGUAUUCCUAGGAGAUAAAAGAUAAAGUGGUUUGUUAUCGUAUUUGUCGUUUAUUUUGUUAUGAGUAAUUUGUUGUAUAAAUAAUCUAUAAUGUAUUUUGAUAUAGUGCUUUUUCUAAUAAUACUAUCAGAAUAAUAAUAUUAUAUUAAACAACAGUAUAUUCUACUGUGUGUGUGCGUGUGUGUUUUGUGGUGUGUGUGUGACAAUUCUAUUACUCAAAAACGCUUCUCAAAGAAGCGACUCAGUAGUCACGUAUUUUACGAAGUAUGCUCUAACGCGGCGCCAUAAGCCGUUACAAUUAAACGCUUACUUUUUCUGUUGCUUCUUAAACUAGAGAAAUGUCACGUGUAUCAUUCAUGCAUAUAUCCUACUAUAAUAAUGGAAUAGAAUUGAUUGAGGUGAUCAACCUGCAUGUGUCAACAAAACUAGAGCCAUGAGGAGCCCCACCUCUCAACUGGAGAAACAAGACUCACCCUCUUCUCUUCGCGAAUGCGUUGCCCUGACCCUCGCCGAGCUCCGGUCGCAGCGUGGGAUCGCGCUCCCGCUCGCGGCGACCAAUUUGACGUGGUUCGCGAAGACCGCCGUCACCACCGCCUUCCUCGGCCGGCUCGGCGAGCGCGAGCUCGCGGGCGGGACCCUCGGCCUCACCUUCGCCAACGUCACGGGCUUCUCCGUCCUCGCGGGCCUCUGCGGCGCCAUGGAGCCCCUCUGCGGCCAGGCCCACGGGGCCCGAAACCGCAAACUCCUCCACAGAACACUUCUCAUGUCCACAAUCCUGCUGCUCCUAGCUUCUGCUCCUGUAACCUUUCUGUGGCUCAACAUAGAGAGGAUUCUGCUGCAUUUUGGGCAGCAGAGGGAGAUCACCAGUUUCCCGAAAAAGUACAUAACUUAUCUUCUUCCGGAUCUCGCCGUGACCGCGUUUCUGAGCCCUCUGAAGGCGUAUCUGAGCGCGCAAGGGAUAACGUUUCCGACCCUCCUCAGCUCGGCUACGGCUCUCGCCGUGCAUAUACCUCUCGAUGUCUUUUUGGCGAAGAAGAAGGGGAUUGCGGGCGUGUCGACCGCGAUCUGGCUGACUGAUCUUGCGGUCGCUGUCAUGUUGGCGGGUUAUGUAUUGGUGGCUAGCGAGGCGAGGAGAAAGGCGAUGAGGACGGCUGGUGAGGACGGCGGAAAUUGGUGGUCGGAGCUGCGGAGGCCGUCGGAGUGGGCCCGGCUGCUGCGGCUGUCGGUGCCGUGCUGCCUGACCACCUGCUUGGAGUGGUGGUGUUAUGAGAUUCUGGUGCUGAUGGCCGGUCGGCUCCCGGACCCCCGGCGGGCCGUGGCGGUGCUCGCAGUCGUGCUCAACUUCGACUACCUGCUCUUCGGGGCAAUGCUCGCCCUCGCCACCAGUGCGUCCGCGCGCGUCUCCAAUGAGCUCGGCGCGGGCCGCGCGAAUGGCGCCCGGAACUCUGCUUUCGUCUCUGUCGGAUUGGGAGUUCUGUCUGGCAUCUUGGGUGGAUUGGCGAUGGCGAGCGUCAGAAGCCGCUGGGGGGCGCUGUUCAGCCACGACAGAGAGGUCGUCGAAGGGGCGAGGAAGGCGAUGGCGGUGAUGGCGAUGGUGGAGGUGGUGAACUUCCCGUUGGCGACGUGCGGUGGGAUCGUGCGGGGGACGGCGCGGCCGUGGCUGGGAAUGUACGCGAACCUCGGGGGGUUCUACUUGUUAGCGCUGCCUGCAGCGGUUCUGCUCGGCUUCAGAGCAAGGCUCGGGCUCGGCGGGCUGCUGCUCGCAUUCAUGGUGGGGGCGGUCGCAAGCACGGUGUUGCUGGUGGUGCUCGUGGCGUGCAUGAACUGGGAAGAAGAAGCAAAGAAGGCGCAGAAAUUGGCCGGCGUUGGAUUGAUCGACGACGCCGGAGAGCCAUCCGAUGGCGGCAUCGAGAUUGGCAAUCGCAACUCACUAUGAUAAGGCUUAUGUUGUAAUCCCUGUACUGGAUACAUGGUAAAUAUACAUAUAUUUAGCUACUGCACUUGGCUGUUGUAGGAUAUCUUGUUUCAUUCACAAAGCAGCAGCAAAUAUAACAGAAGCUCAACAAUUUUGUAAAA